CUUUUAAUUGUUUUGUCGUGUGUGCUUCCAGGCGGACUCCUCGUAUCCGUAUCCACUUCUCGUACACGUUUAAACCUUUGAAAAAACCUCACAUAAAGAAAACUGAAAAGGAAAGAAAAAAGCUGAGAAAAAGCAAGGCAUCUCUCCCUCUUUCUCCUCGAAGAAAACAAACUCAUACCCCACAAGCAAAGUUCAACACAAGAAAAGGAAAGGAAAUUUCAUUCUCAACCAUAAAGAGCAGUGAAGCAGAGCUCCAUUAGGAACAUAAAGUUACAAGCUGCAUCAAGGAUUAUUAAGCAAUGGAUGAAUGUAGCCCAUGUCCAAAAGACUCGUAUCACAGCGAAAACACCAGUCCAGGAGUAGCCUCUUCAACAACCAGCGUGCAUGUGACGGCCCUUGAUGGCAUAGUGAACGUCAACUCUCUUUUUACAGUCGCUGUCUUUGUUGGUCUCUCCCUUACAACCCCAAAUCAACGCAGCCUCGAAAACCGCAUCUCCUGCGAUGCAGGCAUUGACAUGGCCAAGAAUCUACUAGUCUUCGAGGUUGUGUCCUUCAGUUUCUUCCUCUUCUCUUCUCUGGUUGCACAAGGCCUGAAACUGGCUAUCAAUUUGUUGAACAGUAAAGACGUGGAUGACGCUUUUAGAGCACGCAUUAAUUUGAAGGUUUUGAGGUUCGGGAUGAUGGGAUCGGCUAUAGGGUCGGUCAUGGGUUGUGUGUUUUUGAUGCUGUCAAUGGUUAAUGUGAUUCAGAUUCGGCUGGGGCUGUUGUCUUGUGGGAUCUCUGCAGGUAUGUUGAUUUCGCCAGUAUGAGGACAGAGAAGCAACCCUUGCUGCCGGCAAGAUGAGUUAGAUGACAGUUAUAUUUCUCAAAGAUUUGUGUUGAUAUUGCUUCUGUUGCUUAUCUAUAUAUAUUCCAAGAACCUUGUUAUUGUUUGAUUGCGACGAUCCUGGCAGCUUCCAGGAACUAGCAAGGCCUUAUAUAUGGGCAUGCAAUGUCUUCAAAUCCUUUUCUUCUCUGUUUAUUUCAGAAACAAAAUCCAGGGAGUGAUCAGGAAAGAAUCGCAUUGUAUGAAAAACCGAGUGUGUGAUGGCACCUGCUGCUAAGUCAUGUGAGAAACUUCGAGCCCUGACUUGUAUGUAUUUCUUUCUAUAGACUAGCGGUGUUCCAAAUUCCCUUGCAAGGGAAGGGAUGAUUAUUUGUCUUACCCUUCGUUUCUGCAACUCAACUCUUCCUUAACUUCGUUGUCUAUGAUGACUUGCGAUGUGGGCUAUGAAUGCUUAUCUAAAUUCAGCAUCCUAGCUUGUUUCAACCUUAGAUAUUGAAAGAAAAACAAAAUCGUAUCUUCUGUUCUUGAACAUUGCCAUCACCAUGUUUCCUUAUAGAAUCGGGUCUGCAGAAUGAGUUUGGAAAAAUUUCAUUCUGAUCGAACAAUUAGAUUAAGAAUUAUGUCCGUUUUCUUCAGAAAGCUCCCUUGACAUAUCCAGAUUAUUUUUAGACUUAAAACUUGUCUAUAUACAUGCAUGUUGGGGUGUUGGAGUUCAAUAUUAACUAGGAUAUAGGUUCAUAGGAAUAAAGAGAAAGUGUUAGCUGCCAUGUAUUUUUAGAGCAAAACCAAUGGGAGUUUUGUUCAACAAUUGGUAUCAGAUCCUAUAGUUGAAAAGGAGGACCAAUACCAAUAGGUUGCGAAGAAGAAAAGACACACGCGAAUUAGCAGCAGUGUCUUUGGAAAAUCUCCCAAAAAAAACAAAUGCAGCUGCAAGAAGAAGAAAAAACGCACGCGAAGCAGCAACGUCUUUGAUAGCACAAGUCGUAGCAACAUCUACGUUGUGAAGGAAACGAUCCAGCAACGAUCAGAAUUUUUUCAGCUAGCAGGGACAGCAUCUCCCUUGGACAAAUAAGACCUCAGCAGCUGUUUGAAGAAGAAACACCAAUUAGCAGCAGUUGUCCAGCAGCACGUGAUUGGAGCAGUACAUUAAUAUUGUUGUAGCUUGAAGAUUUCACGCCAGCAGCAGCCCGUAGCAAAUCACAAUAGCAGACGCAGCGCUAGUGAGUAGAUCAUAGGCAAUUAUUUUUUGAUUCCAACAACAAAUGAAGCAGCUUGUAGCAGUCCUCCCAACAGCAUCCAACACCUGUAGUAGCAGCAGAUCCUUCACUUAACAGCUGGCUUUCAUCACAAUAGUAGAUCAUCAGACAAAGCACUUAAUACAGUAGCUUGUUUUUGCAGCAGCAAAUAUGAGAGAUCUUCAAAUUGUUGGAGGGAUCAAAAAGCUUAACAAUCAGAAUUACAGCACAUGGUCAACAUGCAUGAUGCCAGAAAAGACAACGACAGUGAAGACACACAUCCAGCCGAAGAAAUGAAUGAAGAUUUAUGCAAGUGGAAGAUUAAAACCGGUAAAGCAAUGUUUGCCUUGAAAACCAUGAUCGAAGAGGAUAUGUUGGAGCACAUCUAGAAUGCUACUACGCCAAAAGAAGUAUGGAACACCCUUGCUUGUCUCUUCUUAAAGAAGAAUGAUGCCAAAUUGCAACUUCUGGAGAGCGACUUGUUCUUGAUGACACGAGACAUGAUGAUUCUUCGGUAAUUUAAUAAGAUGAAAUCAACAUGUUGUGAGAUUUUCAAAUUAGAACGUGAAACAACUAUUGGUGAAACAAGGAUAAAAAGAAUAACCAUCCAUGGUUUGAAACCUGAA